ACAUCUGGAGCUGGAGGAACAUCUGAAGGUAGAGAAACAUCUGGAGCUGGAGGAACAUCUGGAGCUGGAGGAACAUCUCGAGGGUCCCGGAGGUGGCUGGGUGCUUUCAGGAUAAUAGUGCAAACCGAAGGGUCUGAGAUCAGCCUGGUUCCGGGUGAAGGUUCCAGGAGCAGCAUCUGGAGGAGGAGGAGGAGGAGGAGAUGGGAGGAAGAGUGUGCAGGGAGGAGCAGAAGGAGGAGAAGAGGCGGAGCCUGGGAAGGGAGGACAGUCUGGCAUCAGCAGAUAAAAUCCGGAGAUUUGCCGUCAGACAGUCUGGAUACAACGUCCUGAGCCUGGCACGCCGUGGACUGAAGGACGUUCCAGCUGAGCUGUGGGAGCUGCUGGAGCUGGAGAAGCUGAACCUGUCCCUCAACAGUCUGAAGGUUCUGCCGCCUCAGCUGGCUCUGCUGUCCAACCUGGUGGUCCUGAACCUCUGGGGGAACCAGCUCAGCAGCCUGCCGGCAGAAAUAGGACAGCUGAGGAGACUGCGGGUUCUGUUCGUCUACAGAAACCGACUGAGUGAAGUUCCUGAGGAGCUGGGAGCCUGCACACAGCUGGAGGUUCUGAGUCUGGCCAACAACCAGCUGUCCUCACUGCCGUCUUCUCUCUCCAACCUGACCAGAUUGCGGAAGCUCAACCUCAGCCACAACCUCAUUGCUCAUGUUCCAGGCUGUGUCUACAGCAUGAAGGCCUUGGUGUUCCUAGAUCUGUCCUGUAACCGUCUGGAGAACCUGGCUGAGAACAUCCAGGCUCUGGUAGAGCUCAAGAUCCUCAUCAUGGAGGGAAACAGCCUCCAUUCUCUGCCUAGAACCCUCUGCUUCCUCACCAGGUUGGAGCUGCUGAAUCUGGACUUUAAUGACAUCAAGGAUGUUCCUCAGGAGAUGCACCAGCUGUCCCGCCUGGAGAAGCUGGCCUGCCACCCUCUGGAUAAAGGACUCCAUAUCAUCCACAACCCGCUGCUGAAGCCUCUGAAGGAGGUGAUGGAGGGGGGGCUGAGUGCCCUCUACAGCUACCUGAGAGCUGGAGGGGAAUAAGGGGCGGAGCCACGGUAUGCUGAUGAGGAAAGGGGCGGGGCAACGGUGUGCUGAUGGGAAA